GCUUGAUAUUGGUUGUACUCCUCAGCCGAGGUUCAAUCGGUCUGACAUCUUCCAUCAUUCUCAAGCUGUCUUUCUACCCAAUUUCCCUACUAACCCUCCAUCCUCUACACCGUACUGGCUCUUAUAAUAACAAUAAUGAAUAAACUGACAAAUCCACCUGCAUGUCCCUUCUGCAAUAUCGCCGCCCACUUUCCUGCAUCACGCAAGGAUGGACCAGAAUCUUCUUCUGCUUCAUCUUCAUCAUCAUUCUCCUCUACCAGUCCCGCCCACAUUAUCCUCUCGACACAACACCUUUUGGCCUUCCUAGAUAUCAUGCCCUUGACCCGUGGUCACGUCCUGAUCACGACACGUCACCAUUUCGAGAAAUUAAGUGAUAUAGAUAUCGAAGUCAGCAAGGAGAUUGGAAAAUGGUUACCCAUCGUUUCGAGAGCGGUGAUGAUCACUCUCUUUGGAGAGGACGAGGAGCAGCAUCAUUGGAAUGUGGUGCAGAAUAAUGGCUACAGAGCAGCGCAGCAAGUACCUCAUCUCCACUUCCAUGUCAUCCCCCGGCCACCUCUCAACUCCGAUCAGAGACUCAUGCCGAGUUUCGUUAUGUUUGGGCGCGGGCAGAGAGACGAGUUAGACGAUGAGGAGGGUAAGACGUUAGCUGCCGCGAUUCGGGAGCAGAUGGUUCGAGAAGUUGAAGGUAUUGACUUGGAG